UAUGCACCAGUCUUCAAAGUCUUAUAAAAGGAACAAAAAUUUUAAAUUAAAUUAAAUACAAAUAUGUAUGUUGCAUUGUGUAUUCUUGCGGUUGCCUUGUUUGGAUGUGUCAGCGGGAAUCAGAGGCACAAAAUUGUCGCCUACUGGGGCCAAAACGCUGUUUACAAUGAGUUAAAAGAAAGGCAAUAUUGGGAAAAAGAGCUCGUCGAUUUUUGCAAGGACUACAACUAUGACAUUAUUGCUUUGUCGUUUCUCAAUAAUUUUUUUGAUGAAAAAAACAAAGAUAAAAUGCCUGGUUUCAACUUUGCAUUUCAUUGUGAAACCCCAAUUGCAUCUGGAUACAAAACCUUAUUUAGAUGUCCUUUAAUUGAAGAAGGAAUUAAAGAGUGUCAAAAAAGAGGCAAACAGGUUAUAAUGUCACUUGGCGGAGCAGUCGGUCGCGCCGGAUUUGGAAGUGAAAACGAUGCCAAACUAUUUGCUUACAGAGUUUAUCAUCUUUUACUUGAGGGUACUGAUUUACAAUCAUUGAGACCAUUCGGAAGUGCUGUUUUAAAUGGCGUUGAUCUUGAUAUUGAAAACGGAGGAUACACUCAUUAUACUGUGUUUGUUAAGGAAUUAAGACGGUUAGAAAAAACUGGUUCUCAAAAGAUUCUCAUUGGAGCAGCACCACAGUGUCCGUAUCCUGACAGUUUGUUAGGACCUUCUCCCGGACGCGUACUUGGUGAUGUACCUGAGCUGGUUGAUGAAAUUUACAUUCAGUUUUACAAUAAUUGGUGCCAUACUGGUAAUACCAAAGUGUUUGAUGAUCAUAUGAAGCAAUGGUUAACACACUCAAGAAAACACAAUGGACCUAAGAUUUUUAUUGGAGUGCCAGCCAACACCAGAGCAUCCGGAAAUCCACAGCAUUACAGAAAUCCUCAAGAACUAACUGUCAUUUACAAUAAAUAUAAAAACGAACCACUGUUUGGUGGAAUCAUGUUUUGGGAUGCAUCAUUUGACCAAAAUAAUGUAAUUAGUGGAAAACGUUUUAGCGAACAUAUUGGAAACAUGUUUAAUAACGUCGGACCUAUACCAACAGGAGAUCCUAUAACGUUGCCACCUUACACAGGACCACAAACAAAGACCCAUGUUAUUGAUACAACGGUACAAAAAACUACAAGUGGGCUUCCUACAACCAAACCAAGUUCAGUAUCUUGCAAUGGACUUAGCGAUGGAAUCUACCCUCAUCCUUCUGAUUGCACUUUAUUCUUUGAGUGUUCAGGAAGCAUUGCAUAUUUGAAAGGUUGCCCGCCAGGAUUAAAGUACAACGCUGCAUUAAAAUUAUGCGAUUGGCCUGAUAACGUUAAAUGUUAACUUUUAUCAUAGGAACAAUUAGAAUAAACACAAAAAAUAUGCAUGUAAAAUAUAUAAAUAUGCAAGUCUAAUAAAAGAUUUCUAAACUAUUUCCUUUGAAA